UGUAUCUUAACAGUCGAGAUUAUCUUCGGACAUGAAGACCGGCGGAGGCUGUUUGAUCGGCUGUAAGACAAACCUUUAGGAACAUACCCGGAGUGACACAGUGAGGCAAGUUAAAGGGACGUGUGACACACAUCGCCCAGAGAUCGCGAUAAACCACGGAGCCCUCCCAUUGGAUGAGCGGAGCUCGGUAUAAAGAAUGCUGUCCUCAAUGUUCAGGAUCUGUUAGCGAGUAAACAUCCAUUUGUGAAGAUCCCACACCAUUUUCUUUGAACACGAGCCGUGAACAGUUUAAAUAGCUCUGAUGACAGUGACAUUUGCCGACGAAAAACCUUUGUCUUCUGUCCACGAGUGUGGUAGCAGUACAGCUGGUUGCCAACAUUGUUCCUCCUGUUCCUACUUGGAACUGCCAGUACACCAACAGACAAAGGAACUUAAAAGCCGUUCGCACCCUCACAAAUCUCCUCUCAGAUUCAUCAUGGCUUACAAAGGCCGAAUCGUUCGUCUCAGCAUCCUAGUCCUGUUCUCCUUUAUGUUCUGCGGGGUGUACCUUGCCUUCUUCAAACAUCCUCCACCAGAUGUACUUCUACAGAUGAACAUGCAAUCUCAGGACUCAGAUCUCUCUUUCAACGAUUUCGGCGCGUCAAGCUUUCAGAAAUCGAACGUCCAAAACUCUGAUGAUGAUGAAGGCGAUACGGAUGAUGCUGAAAAUGUUGAGUUUUUCUUGAACAAACGAUCUGUGAAUGAUGACGAGGGUGAUGAAGAAGAAAACGAGGAAGAAGAAGAUGAAUAUGGAGAAAAGCUGAUCGUGAAGAGUGAGAAAAUGGAGAAGAGGGAGAAAAACGAGAAAAAAGAAAAACAGGAGAAAAAGGAGAAGGUAGAGAGCAAACAUUCUGAAGACAAUAAUGGAGCAGAAUAUUGGAAACAAUUCCUCAAAGUUAAUAAAUUUGUGCCUAUAGGAGCUGUCUUCGACAAAUGCGAGGGCGACGACCGACUCCAGAUAGGAACUGUGGUGUUACAGGCAGACAAAGCGCUGGGAGGGGUCAAGUCUGUGACCUUCUUCAACCACACGUUCAAGGAGGAAAUUGCAGGUGGUCAGUUUCACAUCGAGGUAAAGUACAAUGGUCAGGACCUGUACGACAACUACUGGGAGUUGUGUGAACUGGAGGAUGACCUCCCGGAGAAAAACCGAACCUUCACCUGUCCCAUACAGGCCAAGCACUGGACUGUGGUCAAGGAAAAACACGUGCCUGGGUAUCUGCCCACG